GUUCAUUUCGCCUUGAAUUCUCCGACUUCGUGAUUGACAGAUGAGCUCCCCAUAUCAAAUGGUCUCACCAAGCGGUUCGACACACACAUCAUCACCUCUCGGCGACGCUGCUGAUUCAAUUGAUUCCCUUCGUCAGCAACUGGAAGAAUGCCACGAGAGCUGCGAGCGUUCUCGCAAAGCUCUUGAGGCGGAGAAAGCAGCCCUGCAAGCUAAUCUCGUCACAACGACAGAUCAGCAUGUAUUCCGCGUUAAAGAGCUUGAGAGUGUUAUUCUCAGUCAAAGAAAGCUUCUCAAACAGCUUCAGUCCAACGCCGAGAUCGAAACAGAUUCUGCGAGCAAUCGCAACCUUGCCACUCAAAAUCGCGAGCUUGUCACUCAAAAUCGACAACUCUCGUCGUCCGAGAGAGACACUCUUCUCCAGAAAGUGGAGGCGUUGGAAGCCCAGCUUGCUGUUCAAGCGUCAGAGAUCGUCAAUUUGAGGGCCAGGAUCGUUGAGCAAGCUGGCUCUUUUGAUCGGUUCAAGACUCAGGUGGUUGCAGAGAUUGCUGCUCUCAAGACCGCUUUUGAUCAGUUCAAGGCUCAGGCGGACAAGAAGGAAGCUCUCCUCAAUCUUGGAGAUUCCAUGUGCACGCUUGUGAACCACGUUCUGGACGAAGCGUUUCCCGAGGAUGAUGCCAACUUCAAGGCCUACCGUGCGGACGAUGAUGACGAGGAAAUCAAGCAACUGAAGCAACACUUCACAGACACCAUGUGGGAAUUCCGCAGCUUCAUGGUCGCGUACUGGCUUCGCACUGAGCGCCACUCCGUCACGCAUGCUAGCGCUCACAAGACUCCCGAUGAGCUCAAGGCUUAUAUGACCAAGCUGCCGGAAGCAUACGCUCUGCGUGCGCAAAAGGAUCUUAACAGCAUCAUCGAGAUGGCCGAUCUCAUCGGCCGACGCUAG